GGUGCUGAAGCAACACCUGUCGGUGGAUUUGUCGAAGACGUUAAUGAACCGGAAUUAUUAUCCACAGCGGUAGCUGCAUUAGCCCCAGAACUACCUGAAAAAAACAGAAUUAAUAAAGUUAAAUGUCAAGUCGAAAUGCCACCUCCUCCAUCGCCCGCAUCUUCCACAUGUAGUGUUGAUUCAUCAGCCAGUUUUGGUGGCUUAAGUAUGUUUUAUUCUAGAAUUGUAUUUUUAAGUAGUCAUAUAUUCAG